AUGGGCGUGGCGUACCGGGUGCAACGGGUGGUGCCACCUGUAUGCAUGCGCCACAUACUCAUGUCACGCUCUAUGAUACCAUUUCGACCGCGGCACUUUGCUUAUAGCACAAUCUCGAUGCCAGCUGUGUCGUCGCGAGGUGACGCGUCUGAGCAUGCGGACAGCCACAGCGCAUGCGAUCACUUUGUGCGCGUUAUUUCAUCGACACAGCGCAUUAUGCCUGAUCAGCUGUGGAACAUAUACCAGCAAGCCCUGCAUGAGCGACCCAGCCAGCCUUCGGAUGGGUCGAUACGCAUGCCGACGCAGCUCAAUGAUGCACACCAUAUCAUGAUGUUCCAGGCACUCUUGCCGACGCUAGAUGAAUACUCGCAGUCAUUGCGCGACUAUCAGCUCGUAUCUCGAGUUCGGAGACACGCUCACAUGUCGCCCUCGUCCAUGCUAACAUCAGCCAGCACACCCCUCGAUCUGUCAUCGCUCAGUACUCUAGAUCCAUCGCCUCAUGCGCCUCGUAUGGGCGGCAAACACGCACAAAUCUUCGCGGAGCGCAUGCGCGAGAUUCUUUUGCGUAUUUCGCCUGAGCAUCGCCAGACUAAAAUGUACAAUGACGUGCUCUGCGUGCUGGCCAUGGGCGGUCGGUAUAAGUUUCUUCGGAAUCUGUGGAAUGACAUGGUUGAGGCCGGUAAGGCGGGGCACAGUCACGUCGCACCGAAUCAGGAGACGUGCCACUUUAUGCUGGUGGCGCUUGUGCGCAAUUUUAACCUGAAGCUGCAACGCUUCAAAACUCAGUACAAGCGCGAGUUGCUCAAUGCCACGGCGUCGCCGCAAGCCACGGCCUUCGCGGCUGCUCAUGUGAAUGCAGCGACGCAGCUGGCCGUUGAAACCGUAUCGAUGGUGCUGCGUAGCCUCCAAAAGCAGGGAACGUUGCCGCGUGUCAUGACGCUUGAUCUCGCAGCGCGUCUUUUGCGCAUCACCGGCCGCCUCCCCGAGUUUCUUCAGCUCUUGCGCACUGGAUUUGGGCUUGACAUGCACUUCCCAGAUGCUCAGACGCUGUCCAUGUCCGAGCCCACGACGCAUACCCUAAAUACGACCCUCCUGGGACUGGGCGAACUCGCGACUAUGCCCGAUAUGGCCAUGGCCUUUGAGGUGCUUACGCGGCCCUUGCCGCAAAGUGGCCGCCAGCGUGUCUUACCCAACACGACUUCGUUCAAACUGCUUGUGCAGUACGCGUGCAUGCAGCCGCCGGCGCAGCUCCUUUUGAACGCGGCCAUGCGAGGUUCGUCUCGCCCACUUUUCUCGCGCUUGUCUUCUGGCCCGCAGGGGCUACCCACUAUCGGUAUUCGCUCGCCUGAACAGCUUCAAGCAGAGAUGCAUGCGCGUCGCAAGGGCACUUAUUCGCUUUUUGCUCACGCAUACAUUGACGAGGCCCUGUCCCUCUAUGCCGAGCAGCUUCAACGCAUGGCUGACCAUCUGGGCGUGCCAUGCCCCGAGGCCGUGACGCACGAUAUGCCAAAGAGUCAUGCAUUGGCCAAUGAGCGUCGUAAAGCCGACACGGAGCCCGUCAAGACAGCAGAACCGGUGCCAGCUCAAUCCAGCUCCCGCAUCGCUGUCUUCUUGCCGCCGAGUGUUCGCGUAACGUACCCGCUUCUUCAUCCACUGCUUCAGUUGGCCCUCAAAAAUCACGCGACAGACGAGCUGACAUGGCUGCAUCCUCGGGCGGAUCAUGCGUAUGCCCUGCUAGAGGCUGAGCACGAUAUACUACAAGCAGCACAACGUUCCAUUCAGGCGCCUGAACACAUGCUUGAAUCGCUCUCUGUGCAUGCUACGUACAUCCAGCAGCUGGCGCAACGCAUGCGGUGGCUAUGUGACAAUGUCAUUGAUAAUUGCAUGGCUCUGUGCCACGACAAGCCAGGUGCGCCUGGUGGGAGAGAUACGCUCUCUAAAAAGGGCCUUCGGGCUCUGCGCUUCAUGACUCCAUAG